AUGUCUUCGGCGCCUUCGCACGAGGUCAAUUCCCUCAUGACCAUCGAGCCUCAAGUUCAACCUCCUCCACUCAACACAGCAUCCACACGCUCACCUCUCGAUCUUACGGCCUCUGUAUCAGUCGACACGACCAACAAAGGUUCACGCUUGCAUUCCUCCGUAGCUUUACCUUCUCAGGCGACCUUACGCAACUUGUCGCAACAGGGUGCGCCCGGAGGUGCCAGCCUGAUGGGGACUAGUGUAGAGUAUGCCCUGGUCUUGUCAGACGACGACGAAGAGGUGAGAGCAGUGUAGACUCACGCGCUAGGUGAGCUCGACACUCACGGGACCCGAUUUGGUAGGACAACGUGCCUGCUGCGAGACCCGCACCGUCCCUGCCCAGCACGCCUUCGCACGAUCACUUCGCAGUUGCCAGAGCUCAAGCGGCCGCUGCCAAAGCGGCAGCACAAGCAUCGCCUUCCCGUACCUGCACGAAUGCAACCGCCUCAGCGUUAGGUGGUGCGACGUCAGAUCACCGGACUUUAACACCUCCGACGACAGAUGCAUGCAAUUCAGCGAGGGCGUCAGGCACUCCAUCUGAUGCCCGUGCCUGGCGGCAGUCCACACAAUCGCUUUAUCAAGGCGACAUCGAUGACGUCCACCUCCGACCUCCUGCUAUCGCGGAAGCUGCUGAGAGUUGGAAUGUGCACGAGACCGCUGAGCACCCGCCAUCAACGAGGACAUCAGCGCUUUUUUGCGGGCAUGAUGAAUCGGUCUCUCCAUCGGUGCGCCAAGAGGACGGUUACGACUCCUCAGACGAACGAUGGAACGGAGCAGGCGAAGCGAUGAUCCGAGCUCUGGUGGACGAGUGCAAUGAGACUUGGCAGCGACGCAUGCAAGCGGUCGAGGACGAGCUCCACGCCUUGCGCGGUCAGUUAGAAGAGAAGUCGAGUCAGCAGAACACCCAAGUGAGGAACUUGCACCAUAACAUCAAUGACCUUGAGAACUCGUCUCGUAAGUCAGCUGCUGCUGAAAAAGAAAUUUCCCAGAAGGUGGAGAGAGUUUUCAAGAAGCUCGCAUCUUUCCAGGCUCAAAUGACAAGGUCAGACAAAGCAGGUAUCAAGUCUCACAACGAGCUGACGUCGCAGAUCAAUAGCACACAAGGCAAGCUACAUGAGUGGCAAGCAUCAAUUCAGGCCAAAGCCGCAAGCAGGCUAUCUGAGAUGGCUCGUCGACAAUCCGAUUCUGAGCGCAAAUUUUCUGAGCUAGCUGAACAAGACGCCGAGCUUGCUCAAACGGCGGAUGUCGCCCCUCGCUCGCUACAAAGCAAAGGCUCCGCGGCAAUUGUCAGCCGCUCAGUCGGUGGCAGACACAGCGAUCUGUCGCCUUCCAGAUGGGUCUCUCCAGGUGCACUGACCGCUCAGUCGAGGAGGUGGAGGGCAAGGCAGUGGCGUUCGCUUGUCGACCAUCUCCUCGAGAAGCACAACAGUCCAAACGACGGUAGAGCUGUGGACUUUCGACUUCGGACGAUCGAGCACCUCAAUUUUCACGCGAGUAGCGACGAGACGUUCAGGAUCUGGCUCGACAAGGGCUGUCACUAUGUUGGUUGCGAGCUGUGGUGCGACCAGGACGGCGUCAUCAGUAUCAAGCUUCGUAAUCCGGAUCUACCAUGGCUUGAAGAGAGACAUUCUCGCGGUCAAGAACUGAUGGGCUGGCUUGACGCCUGCGGUUGGAAGGAUCGAGCUGACGCACUCACAGGCCGCGGCUGUGAGGGAGGCGAUAGAUCGAGCACGUCCGUCAGUCUACUCAGCACUACGAGCAGUCACCAAUCCGAGGCCGAGGGACGGCAACUGACCAGCUCAUCGAUCGGCCUACCUAAACGUAAGCGACGCAGAAUCCGCCCCAGACUGUUACGGUCUGAGGUGGUCAGCGGAGAUGCGGAGGCUAGCAGUGCUACUACGCGCAUGCUUGACAAGCAUUCUGCUUCGGCGCUGGCGGCAUCGAGCGACAUGGAGAUUAGCUCGGGCAACGGUGCUCAAGACGGCAACGAGUCAAGUGGUCUGUCUGAUGUGCCAACUCCGCGAUCCUCGCCAGUGCCAACGCGCAAUAGCCAUCUCUCCAACCCGUCGCAUCUGCCACCGCAGACCGAUCCGGCCUCAUACCGAGCUCUGUAUCCUCUAGUGGACAUCUUGCGGCAAGUACAGCGACCAGGAAGUGUCUUUGAGCGUGGCUAUGGGUCAGGCACGUUGGCUAAGGAGCUUAGAGCAAGGAUGGACUGGUGUAUGAGCAAGUAA